CACAAGUCAACUUGAACGGAGUUAAUUUAAGUAUUGCACCGCAAACAUCUGAAACAAAUAAGAUUCAAAAUAAAUAAGAAAUACUGCAUAUUCGGAAUCACAUCUUUCUUUGAACAUAAGAACACAACGGUAUUUCAAAUUAUUCUCUGAUUUCUAAUACAUAGACUGAAAUUGCAAUUCUGGCUACAAAGGAAUGGAUUAGUUUACAUAAAACAAAACCAAAAUAUAUGCAUAUAUACAGACAACAUUUUCAUUAAACGUGUUUCGAGCAGAAGAGCCGCACGCAUGUGUCAAAAAAGUUUUCUGACAAAUCCCCCAACAAUAAAACCUAAGCCCAGCAAUCUUUCUUUGUACUAAAAAACAAAAAAAAAUCCAUAUACGAAUCACAACACAAAUAACUAUGAAUUUUCAUCACACCACCAAUGUCGAUGAUGGAUGUUACAAUUCAAAAUCAUCAAUAAAGGCAACGUUCCCAAACGCAACGUCGGCAACGCUGACAACGCCUGCAACAGUGCAUAGAAAUGCAACUGAAAAAUGCAACAAAUUACAUGCAGCAGCCACAACAUCAAUAAAAUUUAACGAAAAUAAAUAUUUGAAGUUGCAACAAAAGUGGCGGCAACGCCCGCGGGGGUACACAAAUAUCAAAAAUUAUUUCAAAACGAAUUAUUUAUGUACAUAUUUAUUUGUUGUUGUAGUGUUUCUAAGCGGUUGCCACAUAACGCCAAUACAUUGUGCGCAAAACUCUGCUGCGGCAAGCGCACAACACAAUGGCCUCAACGACAACAGCGAACAACAGACACUAAAGCAGCAAACUUCAUUUAGUCAAACUGUAAAUAGUACAAGUAAUAACAUUAAUAAUAAUAACAGCAGCAACAACAACGAAAAUGUUAUAAAAUCCACUGCAAACAUAAAUAAAGCAGUAACAGCAGCAGCACCAGCAUCAACAGCACCAGCAUCAGCAGAGGCUGAAGCAGUUGGUGCAGUUGAAAAUAUUUUUAAUGAUUACACUGAAGCCUUUGCUACGCUCAUUGCAGAAGGCCAUCUCAAUAAAACCACCAAUAAACAGAGUAGAAACAAAAACAAUGCAAGCAAAAACGCCAACGGUGGCAGCAGCAGUAGCAGCAGUAGCAGCAGCGCUGGCAGCAACAGCUCUAGCAAAAGUAGUAGUUAUGAAAGUCGUAGUAAUAAUUUAACAUAUAGUAAAUCAAGCGAUAGCAGCACUGAUAGUAAUAGUAAUUUUAAUCUGCACGAUGAGCUGUUGGACAGCUUUCGUGGCACGCACGGCAUGCCGCAGCAACCGAUGUAUACGAAUGAAUUUGCUGUGCAUAUACCAGCAGGCAACAGAAUGGCCGAUAUAAUUGCGGAAAAAUAUGGAUUCACAAAUGUGGGUCAGAUUGGCGCGCUUAAAGACUAUUAUUUAUUUCAUCAUCGUCAUGUCUCAAAAAGAUCCCUACGCACAAGUGAUGAGCACCACAGCGCCUUAAAUUCCGAACCAGAGGUGCGAUGGAUGCAACAACAACAUGAGAAAACACGUCAUAAACGUGAUGGUUCCUAUACAGCAUUACCCGGUUACAGUCCGUACGACGUUAUACGUCCAUCCGCAAAUUUCGGCAGCGGUCCUAAUUCACGACUGUCAUUUGCAACUGGACUACAUCGUCCAGCGCCCCGCGCACCACGUAUACAGUACCGUGAUGCAAGCUCACACAAUAUUUUCCCAGAUCCUUUGUUCAAGGAACAGUGGUACUUG